AUGGGCGCACCGCGGGACAUCGGCACCUUCGUGGUGUGGGACUACGUAGUGUUCGCUGGGAUGCUGCUCAUCUCGGCGGUCAUCGGCAUCUACUACGCCUUCGCGGGGGGCGGCCAGCAGACUUCCAAGGACUUCUUGAUGGGCGGCCGCAGGAUGACGGCCGUGCCCGUGGCCUUGUCCCUCACCGCAAGCUUCAUGUCUGCCGUCACCGUCCUGGGCACGCCGUCCGAGGUCUAUCGUUUUGGGGCCAUAUUCAGCAUCUUUGCCAUCACCUACUUCCUCGUGGUGGUCCUCAGCGCGGAGGUCUUCCUCCCCGUGUUCUACAAACUGGGCAUUACCAGCACCUACGAGUAUUUAGAACUUCGAUUUAACAAAUGGGUUCGUCUCUGUGGAACAGUCCUCUUCAUUGUUCAAACAAUUCUGUAUACUGGAAUUGUUAUUUAUGCCCCUGCCCUGGCUUUGAAUCAAGUCACGGGAUUUGAUCUGUGGGGUGUAGUAGUGGCUACUGGUGUGGUCUGCACAUUCUACUGCACUAUGGGUGGUCUUAAAGCAGUUAUCUGGACGGAUGUUUUUCAAGUUGGAAUCAUGGUGGCUGGCUUUACAUCUGUGAUUAUAAAGGCUGCAUUGGUUCAAGGUGGAAUCAGCACUAUUAUAAAUGAUGCCGCCAAUGGAGGAAGAUUAAACUUCUGGAACUUUAAUCCUAACCCUUUGCAAAGACACACAUUCUGGACGAUUAUUAUAGGAGGGACCUUCACAUGGACCAGCAUCUAUGGUGUGAACCAAUCCCAAGUGCAGAGAUAUAUUUCCUGUAAAAGCAGGUUCCAGGCAAAAUUGUCUCUCUACAUCAACCUCCUGGGACUCUGGGUGAUCCUCGUCUGCUCGGUGCUUUGCGGGCUUGCCCUCUAUUCCAGGUACCAUGACUGUGAUCCCUGGACCGCCAAGAAAGUGUCUGCACCAGACCAGCUCAUGCCUUAUUUGGUACUGGACAUUCUGCAAGAUUAUCCAGGGCUUCCUGGGCUUUUUGUGGCCUGUGCUUACAGUGGAACAUUAAGCACAGUGUCCUCCAGCAUCAACGCCUUAGCCGCAGUGACCAUGGAAGACCUAGUGAAACCUCGCUUCCCGUCUCUCUCAGAAAAGUCUCUCUCUUGGGUUUCACAAGGAAUGAGUGUGCUGUUUGGAGCCCUGUGUAUUGGCAUGGCUGCACUGGCUUCACUAAUGGGAGCUUUGUUGCAGGCAGCACUCAGCAUAUUUGGCAUGCUUGGUGGGCCACUAAUGGGCUUGUUUGCUUUGGGGAUCUUGGUUCCCUUUGCCAACUCAAUUGGAGCACUUGGGGGUCUGCUGUCUGGAUUUGCCGCUUCUUUGUGGGUCGGAAUUGGAGCUCAGCUUUAUCCCCCACUUCCUGAGAGAAUGAUGCCAUUAAGACUUGAAACCUAUGGCUGUAACAGCACAUACAAUGGAACAAAUUGGAUGACAACCACAGAAACGCCAUUUUCUACCAGUGCCUUUCAAGUGCACAACAUUGAAAGGACUCCGCUGAUGGAUAACUGGUAUUCCUUGUCAUAUCUAUACUUCAGCACCGUUGGAACUUUGGUAACGUUGUUUGUGGGGAUGCUUCUCAGUGUAUCAACAGGAGGAAGAAAACAAAACAUAGACUGCAGAUUCCUACUAACCAAAGAGGACUUUUUAUCUAAUUUUGACAUUUUUAAGAAAAAGAAGCAAGUUUUAAGCUAUAAAUCUCAUCCAGUAGAAGAUGGUGGAACUGAUAAUCCUGCCUUCAACCAUAUUGAAUUGAAUGGCACAGAUCAAAGCAGCAAGAUCAAUGGAACUCGUUUGUGA